AUGGAAUUUACACCAGGACCAGCGGUACACCGAGUGCUGUGCGCGGAUUGCGGUACACCGAUUGUGCCCAAUUCUGCCAAUCUUUGCGUCGCUUGCUUGAGGAAUACCAUCGAUAUCACGGAAGGUAUCCCAAAACAAACAUCUGUGGCCUUUUGCAGAAACUGUGAACGUUUCUUGUCACCUCCUGGAGGCUGGACAAUUGCAAAACCCGAGUCUUCAGAACUCCUUGCCAUUUGCUUGAAGAAAUUGAAGGGAUUGUCGAAGGUCAGGCUGACCGACGCAAGAUUUAUCUGGACGGAGCCCCACUCGAAACGGUUGAAGGUGGCUUUGACGAUUCAGAAAGAGGUCCUCACAAACACCAUUCUCGAACAAACCUUCGAGAUCGAAUACCUCGUCCAGUAUGGACAAUGCCCCGACUGUGCACGAUUGGCUGCGAAGAACACCUGGAGGGCGAUGGUCCAGGUUCGACAAAAAGUGUCGCACAAACGAACUUUCCUCUUCCUCGAACAGCUAAUUCUCAAGCACAACGCACAAAAAGACACCAUUUCGAUCAAGGAAGUCCGCGACGGCCUCGACUUUUUCUACAGCACGCGUAGUCAUGCUUUGAAGAUGGUUGAAUUCUUGGGUGGUGUCGUACCUAUUCGAUCGAAAUCCGCAGAACAGAUUAUCUCUUCGGAUACUCAUACCAGCACGGCCAACUUCAAGUACACAUACUCCGUUGAGAUCGUUCCUGUGUGCAAGGACGAUUUGGUUUGCCUACCGCUCAAACAAGCGAGAUCGCUCUCAAACAUCAGUCCGUUGACGCUCUGCACGCGAGUCGGCAACUCGCUGCAACUCCUCGACCCUUCCACCCUCCAAACCGCUGAAAUCCCCGCCACCCUUUAUUGGCGCAGUCCAUUCGACUCUUUAGCGGCUGUGACCGACCUCGUCGAAUUCACCGUUCUCGACAUCGAACCUGACAGGACGAAGACGAGGGGCAAAUGGGUGAUGGCGGAUGCCCAGGUUGCGUUGUCGGGUGCCUUCAAGUCGUCGAAACACCGACAUGACGAUAGUAUGAUGAUGGAUUACGAAGGGAACGGCGGAGCACCUACGAUGAUCUUCCACACCCGUACCCACCUUGGUGCGAUCCUCCAACCGGGCGACAGCGCGAUGGGCUACUACGUAUCCAACAGCAACUUCAACUCGGACGCGUUCACAGAGCUCCCGAGCGACCGGAUACCCGACGUCAUCCUCGUGAAGAAGGCGUAUCCCAACAGGAGGAAGAAGCACAGCAACAAGGCUAGGAACUGGAAGUUGAGGAGUAUCGCCAAGGAGGCUGGUGAGGACGGCGAUACUGGCGGUGCUAGGGGUGCCAUUGGCCGAAUGGGCGGACGAGAUGCGAAGAAGAUUGAGGAGGACUACGAGUUGUUCCUGAGGGAAAUCGAGGAGGACCCAGAUCUUCGGGCCGCAGUCAACCUUUACAAGGCGGAUGUCAAGAUGGACACUACUGACGGUGCUGCCAAGACCAGGAAGAAGGGAGGACAGUACUCGAUGGAUGUGGACGAAGUUCAGGAGUCGACGGAUGAUGACCAUGACGAGAAUGAGGCUGACUUCCCCGAGAUUAAGAUCGAGGAGUUGUUGGACGAGUUUGACGAGAUGACGUUGAAUGCGGGUGAAGGAGUAGAAGAGGAGACGCCUGCCGCCAAUUGA